UUUGGCAAUUGGCAGGGACGUUUGGCUGCGAAAUUUCCGAUCAGCCACCCUUUACUUUGCGAUGCAUAAAUAUUUGCACUCCCCCAACCCCUACCGUAAAGCCUUCAAAAGCAAAAAUAAAAUAAGAAGACAGAGAUACAAAAGAGGGAUAUACAAAUCCUUACAUUGCUGUUCUUAAUUACUUCUCUCUCCGUCAAUAGUAGUAUUCUAUUGGGUAUUGUUAUUUUGUCAAAAGGGCUACAAGCCGCUUUAAUCAUUUCUUCUCUUUUAUAUUCUAUUCUUUUUCAACUGUUCUCUCUCUCUCUCUCCCCUCCCGUUCCUCUUUUCUUCUUCUAGCAGUCUGUCUAUCCAAACCGCCCUUCCUCAGCCUGAACGGAACCAUUUUCUCAUUUAUUCACCUCUCUCUCUCUCUCUCUCUAAUCAAGUCUCUCACCUGCUUCUCUAAACGGUUCUUCUUCUUCUCUCUCUCUCUCUCUCUCUUGUACAUAGAAAGGACAGAGCAUUGUCCAUGGCGGCCAACAAGUUUGCAACGAUGCUGCACAACAGGACCAACAAAAUCACCCUUAUUCUCAUCUACGCGGUUCUUGAAUGGAUUCUCAUAACUUUGCUCCUUCUCAACUCUUUGUUUUCGUAUCUGAUCAUCAAAUUCGCAGAUUACUUUGGGCUUAAGCGGCCGUGCCUCUGGUGUUCUCGGGUUGAUCACCUACUUGAGCCGGGAAAGAGAGAGAAUUUCUACGGGGAACUUGUCUGUGAAAACCAUGCCUCUGAGAUUUCGAAAUUGGGGUACUGUUCCAAUCACCGGAAAUUAGCGGAAUCGCAAAGUAUGUGCGAGGACUGCUCAUCCUCGGCGCAGCCGAGUUCCCGUGGACUUUCCAAGAAGAUCACUUUUAUGAUUGAGGAUGCUGGGGAGAAGAUGAAUUUGAAGUGUUCUUGCUGUGGCGUGAGCUUGGAAAGUAAGUAUUAUUCUCCUUAUGUUCUCAUUAAGCCUUCUUGGGGGAUUCUGGAUUUUUCCCAGAAAGCAAAUUUGAUUACAGAAGCAGGUGUUGAUGAUGGCAUCGAAGAAGGUGAUAUUUUGGAUCAAACCAGAUCGGAUUUCGUGAUCGAUCACUCCGAAGAAGAGCGUAGGAUCGAAGAAAACAGGGUUAAUGAUAUGCUUUUUGAUGUUGAUGGGAUUUUUGAUGGAAGGAAAGAGAAGGGGGCGGAGGAGAAUGGUUCCCCUUCUGCUUCCGACUCUGAUUUUGAGGAAAAAAAGGGAGCUAUUGAAUGUAAUAGAGUGGAUUUCGUUACGGAGAAAGAGCAAGAACCUUUCGAGGAGGAGUUCUUAAGCCUUUCCAGGGAAGAUCCAUGUUGUGAUGAGUCCAUGAUUCAGGCAUUUGUCAGAGAAGAUGCAUCUCUUGAAAUUUUACCUCAGCAUCUUGAUUUUUACGUCGAUAAUGAUGAUUUUCACCUGAUCCCAGUUGAAUCGAUCCAUUCCACAGCUACAAAAAGAUCAAAUGAAAAUAAAUCUUUGGGGGAUGAUCUGGGAUUUUGUGAGAAUCAGGAAGCACAAUUGGAUAGUGAACUUCAUGAGAAGCCAGAAUUUGAACUGGUUGUGGAGAGUGGAUGCAAUUCAGGAGAGGAUGAACAGGAACCAAAAGUUGCUGGGCUUGAAUCCAUGGAAUUGGAUAAGCCUGAGAACUCCUCAGGUGAACAGGAAUCAAAAGUUGCUGGGCUUGAAUCCAUGGAAUUGGAUAAGGCUGAGCACUCCUUAGAUGAACAGGAAUCGAAAGCUGCUGGGCUUGAAUCCACGGAAUUGGCUAAGAAUCGAAACUCCUCAGUCCCACAAGCUGGAGGGGACUUAAUCAAGGCGGUGUGUGAGGAAGUUGCUAUCACUCAAGCAACUCAAACUCUCCCUAGGGAUGUUGAUGAUGCUCAGGCAACAGAGGCAGCGGCAGGUGGAGAGAUGAAUUCAGCUGUUCAUCCAGCAUCUGAAGUUGUAGUUCGACUGGGAACUGAUGAAAUCAACGCAGAGAUUUCAAUGGGAUCAGAGAUUCCUGAUCAGGAACUGAGUGAUGAGAUUGGAACUCAAGAUUUUCUUUCUUCCUAUCCAUGCAUGCGGGAAGAUCCUUUUCCUUCUACCAGUUCUGCUAAAUUACCUGCAGAUGAUGACCAUGGUUGUAAAAAAGUUGAGGAAGAAAUUGUAGAAUUCCAAACCAUGUCAAAUGACCAAUCAUCAAUGUGUCCGGAGCUUAAUAAAUUAGGUUAUCAACAAGUUGAGGAAGAACUGAUAGAAUGCAAAACCGUGCCAAAUAACCAUUUGUCAAUGCCUCCGGAUCUUAAAGAAAUUGAGGAAGAAAAAGUUCCUGAUACACCUAAUUCUCUGGAUCACUUGCACAAGAGAUUACUGCUUCCUGAAAAAAGAGAUUUGGGAACUGAAGAAUCACUGGAUGGAAGUGUUAUUAGUGAAUUUGAAGCCAGCGAGGGAGUUUUAACUGUUGAACAUCUGAAAUCAGCCCUGAGAGCAGAGAGGAAGGCUCUGAAUGCUCUAUAUGCAGAGCUAGAAGAAGAAAGAAGUGCUUCUGCUGUUGCAGCUAACCAGACGAUGGCAAUGAUAAAUAGGCUUCAGGAAGAGAAAGCGGCAAUGCAAAUGGAAGCUUUACAGUACCAGAGAAUGAUGGAAGAACAAUCUGAAUAUGACCAGGAAGCUUUGCAGCUUUUGAAUGAGCUUAUGGUGAAGAGGGAGAAAGAGAAGCAAGAGUUGGAGAAGGAGCUGGAACUUUAUCGUAAGAAGCUCAUGGAUUAUGAGACUAAAGAGAAGAUGAUGAUACUGAGAAGGAGGAGAGAUGGUAGCUCAAGAAGCAGAACUUCCACUGCUUCAUGUAGCAACACUGAAGAUAGUGACGGGCUGUCAGUUGAUUUAAAUCACGAAGGAAAGGAAGAAGACAGCUUCUGUAGACAUCAGGAAAGUGGCAACCACAGCACCCCAGUUGAUGCAGUUUUGAAUUUGGAUGAAUCACUAGCCAACUUUGAAGAAGAGAGGAUUUCCAUUCUAGAGCAGCUGAAGAUUUUAGAGGAGAAGCUUUUUACAUUAGCUGACGAAGAAGAACGGCACUUUGAGGAUAUGAAGCCAUUCGAGCAGUUCUACGAGGAGAAUGGCAAAGAAUUUGAGCAUUUUGACCUUGGGUGUGAUGUAAAUGGGAUUGGGAAUGGAUUUCCCAAGGACAUGGAUGAAAAACUUCAGGAAGAGAGAACCAUGGGUUUGAAGGCAAAAACUCUCCUCCCUCUUUUUGACGCAAUUAGUGCUGGAACUGAAGAUGGGACAAUGAAUGGGCACGAACAAGGCUUUGAGUCCAUCAUCUUGCACCCAUCGGUCACCAAGUUCGAAUUGAAUACCAAGAAGCUAGCCAUUGAAGAUGAGGUGGAUCAUCUCUAUGAGAGGCUGCAAGCGCUUGAGGCAGACAGGGAGUUUCUAAAGCACUGCAUAGGCUCACUGAAAAAGGGAGAUAGGGGAAUGGAUCUUCUCGAAGAGAUCUUGCAACAUCUUCGCGAUCUGAGGAAUGUGGAACUUCGAGUGAAGAAGAUGGGGGAUGGCACUCUAGUAUGACUUUUUGUGUAAAAAUCAUUUCAAAGAAGAUCAAGUUCAAGGAUUGCUUUCUCAGAGGUGGUUAACAGCUGCGGUUUUAGGACAGAAGAGCAGAGACUCUGCAACGGUCUAAUGAGAUUGCUAAUGGAAUUCUGCAUCUUCUGCAAAACAUAACAGGCAGUGCCCUGAUGGAGAGGGAGGGUCCUGGUAUAGUCUGUUGUGAUCUUUGUUGAUGAACAGCAGACAAGAAAAACAAAAAAUUAAGUCUGCCCACCUUUUUUUUUUUGUUCUGCCUUUCAUGGUUUUUGUGUCGAAGUAAGCCCAAUUUUUUUGUGGGUUGCGCCCAUCAUCUCCUUUUGAGGAAGAAAGGACAAUGAUGAGUGUGUGUGUGUGUGUGUGUGUGUGUGUUUAGGCUAUACAGCCAGUGAAACCACCCUGUCAUUUGUAUGUUCUGAGAGGCGGCCUGGUUCUCAAAGCUGGGCAGAUCCAACCAAAAGGUUUCAGUUCCAGGUACAUGUUUUACUGUAGAAAGUUAGAACUAGGAAACCACCUUCUUUGAAAUUUUUUAUUUUUUUAAUUUUUUUUUUUUGUUGUUGUUGGGGAGUGAGGGAUGGGGAAAGAAGGGGUUUAAAUAACUCCCCUUUUUCUUCAUCGUUGCAUCAUUUUGCCCUUUGGGGUUGGUUUAUUAUUUUGAGGCCAAAGUUGGUUUACUUGUAUGUAUACUAUAUGUAUCCAUCUGUAAGUAUAUAUUAUUAUAGUGUGUUUAUGCUAUGCUGCAGUUUGGUUCA